GUGACGGCGCGGCGGGGGCGGUGCUGGGCCCGGUGCCCGCCCCGACAUGGCUGCUUCCUGCAGGAAGAGAAGAUGGAAGGAUUGUUGUUUCGUCAGUGAUGUUAAAAGCAUGGAAUAGGACAGACAGCUGCAGUUGGAUUGUCCAGCUAUAUUGUUAGGAGGAUUUUUGGCAAAGAAGAGAAGAUACCUCUAAAAUACAGAACACCAGUAUGGAAGCUAGAACCAGUGAAGAUCAUUUGAAAGUCCAGAAAAUGAAGAAGAAGGUGUUGAGGAAGCAGGUCAGAGCUCAGCAUACGUUGAUGAGACAUGAGGGCAUAAAGUGUGUCUCCCAUGCAACACAGAGCCUGGUUAUUGCCAAUGCUGGUCUUGGUAAUGGGAUGAGUAGACAGCAAUUGCUCAGAAUACUAGAAGAAUAUGGAGCAAUGGAAACAGUCUUAAUGCCACCAAAUAAACCAUACUCAUUUGUGAAAUACAGAACAGCAGAAGAAGCCAAGAAAGCCUUUAAUGCCCUUAAUGGAAAGGAAGAAACAUUAGAAGACUGUGGCCAAAACAUUGUUCUAUAUAUUAAUUUUGUGGAAAAAGUUUCCCUGCAAAAUGCUGUUCCUACAAGCUUGCCUCCAGGCUUAAUGGUAAUUGAAAACAUUAUUUCUCCAGAGGAGGAAAGGAGGAUGUUGGAAAGUAUUGACUGGAAAGCAGAUGAAGAUACUCAGAAUGCCCAGAAGACUUUAAAGCAUAGAAGAGUAAAGCAUUUUGGAUAUGAGUUUCGCUAUGAUAACAAUAAUGUUGAUAAAGACAAACCAUUACCUGGAGGUCUUCCUGAAAUUUGCAGCCCAUUCUUGGAGAAGUGCUUAAAGCAGGGAUAUAUCAAACAUAAACCUGAUCAACUGACUGUAAAUCAGUAUGAACCUGGACAAGGAAUCCCCCCUCAUACUGAUACACAUUCUGCUUUUGAAGAUGAAAUAAUCUCUCUCAGUUUGGGAGCUGAGAUUGUGAUGGAUUUCAAACACCCUGAUGGUCAUACAGUGGCAAUUAUGUUGCCCCGAUGCAGUUUAUUGGUGAUGACUGGAGAAUCCAGAUACCUGUGGACACACGGGAUCACACCCAGAAAAUAUGAUGUUGUUCAAGCAUCAGAACUUGAACAAAAAGCUAGAACAAUCACUGCUGAUGUUGGAGAUUUAACAUUAAAUCGAAGGGAAACAAGGACAUCAUUUACAUUCAGGAAAGUGAGGAGGAGCCCUUGCAAUUGCAUUUACCCAUCUGUCUGUGACAGCCAGAAAGGACAGCAGAGACCGGUGCAACCUUCAUUUCCCCAGAAUGAGAUGGAGGCCUCAAAGCUGGAGCAAGAAUAUGUACACAAGGUGUAUGAAGAGAUUGCCACACACUUCAGCAGUACCAGGCAUAGCCCAUGGCCCCAAAUUGUAGAGUUUCUCAGGUCCCUGCCAACAGGGUCAAUAGUGGCUGAUAUUGGUUGUGGCAAUGGGAAGUACCUUGGCAUCAAUGAGGAUUUGUACAUGGUUGGCUGUGAUCGCAGCAAAAACCUGGUGGAUAUUUGUGGAGAAAAACAUUUCCAGGCGUUUGUCUGUGAUGCCCUGUCAGUGCCAAUCCGCAGUGGUUCUUGCGAUGCCUGCAUCUCUAUUGCUGUAAUCCACCACUUCUCCACAGCAGAGCGGAGACUGGCUACUAUCCGGGAACUAGCUCGGCUUCUAAGACCUGGUGGAACAGCUCUCAUUUACGUCUGGGCAAUGGAACAAGAAUACAAAAACCAGAAGUCUAAAUACCUUAAGGAAAAGAAUGAUAAUAAAAACAAAGACAAAGAAAUGAAUACUGGCACAGCCCAGAGACCAUUUAGUGACCAAGGGCCUGAUAACAACAGCCAAGACUCAGCAUGGUCUGACCAACUCCUUAAUGACUUGAAGGAUGAAAGCUGUGGUGCCAAGCCAGUAGCAGACUUCAGACUGCCUGUUCACACAAACAGAACCUCCUUUCACUCUCAAGAUUUGCUGGUUCCCUGGCACCUGAAAGGUGGCACUAAAAAGAAGGAGGAAAAUGUUGAUACAAUGUCAGUUCCAAGUGGCUCCAAAGAAUUGCAAGAACUCAGCCCUGUUUUCCACCGCUAUUACCAUGUGUUCUGUGAAGGGGAACUGGAAGCAGUGUGCAGAUCCCUGGAUUGUGUGAGGGUUCAAAAGAGUUACUAUGAUCAGGGAAACUGGUGUGUGAUUCUAGAAAAGUUGUAGCCUGUGAUGCUUCCUCUACUGUCUGUAGAGUUUUCUUUGUUUUUUACAGUGAAAGGUAUUUUGUGAAAGGUAUUUUUAAUGCAGGCUGCAGCUAUUGCAACUUUUAAAAUAGCAGAAUAAAGACUGUGCAUUGAGUUAAUAACAGUGGCUAGCACUGUGUGCAUAUAUUAACAAAACAAUGGCCAAACUCAGCUACUACCUCUGCAGUGUUUGCUUUACUGCUCUGAAUUACAGUGAAGAGGAUUACGUGGGAAAAUACUGCCCAUACAAAUCACUAAGACCAGUGCUGAGCUUUUAAAGACAGAGGGCCUGGUUCUCCCUUCUCUUACACCAUUUUAUAUUGAUGUAGCUGCAGUGCUUUCCCUGCAGUCCACAGCUAAUUGGAAUGGAGCUCUGGGCAGGAAAGCCAGAGCUACUGUAUGCUGUGUAAAAUUGUGGAUGAGGGAGGAGGGAGUGAAUGGCAUAUGAAGCAGUUAAGCUGAAGGGUCAAACUCAAGUUUGGUCUUGCCUGUUUUGGUGUCCAUGAGUGGUGACAGAUCUCUUUCAGUUUGGAAUUUACUCUCUUGGUUGUGGUAAUAGUGAUUUCCUCAAAGGGAACUGAAAAGAUAUUGGCAAUAACACAGACAUUUUUCUCUUCCUUGACUCUCAAGUACUCACAAUUCAUUCUGUCCAUCCCCAGAUUUCUGUAGCUCUUCAUUGUAGUGUUGUGUGAAAGCCCCUGUGAGGUGUGAGUUCCAGGCCAGUGGAACAGCCAGACCAGCUCUGCUACACACCUGCAUUCCUACGAGUGUGCGUCUCUGUGCCUGUAGCACCAGGAGCUGUGGGGGUGGGGUGACUCUGAGAUCCCCCUGGGGGAAAAGGGAAAAAUAUUUAUGUGAAGGCAAUAUUGGUGCAGGUUUUCUAGUAGGUAUUUUCAACCCCUAAAUGUUGGCAGUGGAGCAGGUUUUAUUUAAUACACUUCAGAAGAGCAAAGGACUGGUGUAGAGGGGAACUGAUGCUGGGCUGGCUGACUCAGAGCAGCUCUUUUGGCUGUGGCCAUCAAAGACUACUGCAAUUUAUUUGCUACAACUCUUGUGCUACCAAAGGAGUGUGACAACUGGAAUGCAUUUCUGAAACUAAAAUAAUGGGCUGGCUUAUGUAGGAUGAAUGGCUGUUGGUGCCUCUGGAAACCAGUGCUGCUAAGCUAUGCUGUUACAUUGAUUGAUCACCUGUAGUUGUAGCAAGCUCUAUGGUAUUGGCAGGUCGUGCUGCUGUAAAUAAUGGCAUACAAACCAAGGUGUCCAUCCUAAAUCAUGAGGAGACUUCGAGGACAGCUCGAGGACAGCUUGGCUUACUCCUGCUUGCCUCCCAUGUGCAGGUUAAAGGCUGCUGUGCUGGCAGCCUGCUCACAGUCACCAUUUCUCCUAGGCUCCCAUCUUGUAAUGGAGAAAAUCCAAGGGGAGCGAGAGUAGUAUGAGAGGAGCUUGCUGCCACCACAAUUCACCUGGCCUGUGCUUUGCGUGCUGUCUGCUUCCAAAGAGCCUUGGGAAAGAACGUCUCAUUCCUCAGCUGCACAUGCUGUCCGUGUAGCAGCAGCCUUGUCCUAACUGAUUCCUUUCCUUUGGCUAACAAAGGAAGCAUAUCUGUAGCAAUGAGCCCUCUUCGGCAUGCUCAGGGGCUGAUCUGCACACAUUCAAUGAAUAUCACGUAGCUGGAAACAUGUCUUGCAUCAAGGCCGGAGCUGGCUUUAGUACUGGGACACCGUGUUUGGGUGCAGGAGCUCACCCCUUUCCCAGAUGGGCUGUGGCAUCAAACCUAACCAGUGCUACAUGAUGUCAGUGUGUCACUGGUGAGAAGGGGCAGGGAGAGCCUCUGCUGGGUGUCUGUGCAGUGACUAACUAACCUGGGCUCCCUAUUAUUUCGGAUUAUGUGGAUUGCAUUCAUGUAGAAUAAAGGAGGAGGACACAUCUCUGAAGCUCUGAACCUGUGUUUGCUGGUGCCUGGACUCCUGCUGAGCACACUGCAGCUGCUGUUGGGUUUGUACAUUGCCUGUAGCUGCAUUUUUUUUUAAGAAUAUGCAGUGUUUUGGCAAGGAACAAUUACUCCUUGAAAGUUCUUCUGAAGUGCUGCCAUAUCAUGACCUUGUGUGACAAAUUAUGAAUCAGGUCUGCAGUUGUGCUCGAUUAGUCAAUGUGCCCUUGUUCUGACUGAGGAUAGCUCAGAGGUCCUGCCUCCAAAUUCACUGCUGGCUCUGACUGGACACAGGGUUAAGCACUGUUCUGACCUGGGGCUCAAAUGCAUCAAGUAGACAAAACCAGAAUACUUGAAUGUGGACUUUAUGUAACACUGAUCUAUUUUUUGCAGGCCCUGUGGCUCCUGUAGAGCUUUUCUGUUUUCCCUCUGUUUCCUUGGCAGAGGCAGCAUUAGGCAAUGUCUUGUGUCACACUUAGCAUUUCUUGCCUUCUGGGCUGAUUAACAUCAUUUAUUGACUGCAAUAUGAAUGAAUAGGUCACAUUCCUUCUCACCAGGUCUGCAGUGAAGCACCUGGGAUGUCUGAGAGGAGAGUCAGAUUUUAUUGUCAGUCUUUUGAAGGCCAUCAGUCUUCCUGCAAGGUAUUCCUUUCAGCUGAGUCACAGCAGCUUUUUCCAUUCAUUUCAUGCUGGCUCAGAGCAGAAAGUGUUGCUCUCCCUUUCCUAGGCAGCCUGAUGUUGGUGAGUUCCAGUGGGUCCUGUUUCUUGAAGGAGGUUCUGGCAUGGGGAGCACCAGCUUGGGCAACGCUGCUUGUACACGCACACUGGGUUGAACAUAAUUCCUUACCAAAGAGGCUUUUCCUGGCAUUUCAGAGGGCUGUGAGCCAGAGGACGGUCCCAGGGCAUGCUAUCUCUUCAAAGACAGUAGAAAAGUUAAAAGUACUCUGAAAUCCUCUGAGGCCAGGAAAUGUUAUGAAAUAUUUCUUUGGUUAAAGUCAGAGAGUCUCUUCAGAUGCUCCAAGAAGAAUGAAGUGGUGAAGGAGAAAAUGACAAGGGAGGAGGGGCAGGUAGGUGUUAACAAAAUGUAUUGCAGAGAUUUCCAACACAGAAUUAACGUGCAACCACAGCUGCCCUCUGCAGUACUUACUAGCCUGUUUUUACCUCCUGGAAGUAGUAAUGAGAUGAAACUCUUCCAAGUCAGCAGUUGGGUUUAAAUAUUAGAGAUUUUGUGUUGCACUGUCCUGCCCUGACAAAAAAAAGGGCUUCAGAGCAUCCCUGGGCUUAAAGCAAAGGACAUGAUGAAGUGAUUUCUUGUUCUGGGGCAGGCAAAAAAUGAAACCUGCAAAAUAUGGAGGACUUCUUUUUAACUUCAUAGAGGUUCUUCAGACUGAUGUCAUGGUGCAGCCAAAUCCAUGACAAAAACUCAUUCAGACCUCGGAGAGGUCUGGAUUUCCCAGGAAGUGAUCAACUUAAGCUUAGCAGGGAGAAGUGUAGGACAGCAGAUGGCAAGGGACAAUAUGCUGAUUGCAUUGCUUUGCUGAGUGAGAGCCACAAAAAGCUGAAUGGGGAUCACAGCUUCUCUUAAGAGAGCUUGAAGGACUGACCUUGGCACAAUGAGUAAAAGAUGAACUCUUGUACUCUCUGUGCCCACCAAAGUCACUCAAUCAUGCCCUUCCUCAGCUGGACAGGGGAGAGAAAAUUUAAUGAAAGGCUCAUGGGUUGGGAUAUCAUUGGGGAGAGAUCACUCGCCUAUCACCAUCAUGGGCCAGAGUAGGAAAAGGAGAAGUAAAACUAAAUCUUAAAAACACCUUUCUCCAUCCUUUCCCUUCUUCCUGGUCUUCAUUUUAUUUCUGAUCCUCUAACAACUCCUUGCAGUGACACAGAGUGAUGGGGAAUAGGGAUUACGGUCACUACAUCACAUGUUUCUGCAGCUGCUUCCUGUUCUUAUACCAGGAUUAGGAAUCUUCUCCUCUCACAGAAGCAUUAUGAAUAUGAAACUUCUAAUCAUGUAAGUACAAAUACAGAUGUCAGACAUUCUCUGUAUAAAAUUAACGUCAGUUGGCACGUUUGAGGAACCGUGUGCCAGAAAUAAAUGUCAUGCAGCUGUCACUGCAUAGAGCAAAUGUUCUGAGUUUUGCAAACUAUUCCCCUAACAGUACUAGGUGGAUGGGGAGCCUUCCCAAACACUUAAAUUAUGAGAGAUUUAAAGUGAUAACAUUUCCCACACAUUAAAAAAUUUUAAUGUUUACCAGAAUCUAAAAAAACCUUUUCGUUUCAGAAUUCCAGUUCUAUUACACCUGUAAAUAUCACAGAAACAUUUUCCACUUGCAAAGUGAAAAUUAUAAAGAAAUGAUAAAUGAAAAUACUAAAGAAGAUCAUUAGCUACUGUCUCCAGUGUGCUUUGUUUUGUGUAUUCUUCUUGCUGUUACAAUUAAGGAUUUCUUGUCAUUAUCACUUUCUGUGUGUCACUAUAGUUUUCUAUAAUUUAUUGUGGUGAAAAGAGGGAAGGACAUUUCAUUCAUUAUUACAAAUCUCUUCUAGGUGUGCUAAUGUGCUUUAUAUGAAGUGAUUAUACUGACAACAUCAGCAUUUGGGCCCUAAUUUUUUAUGCAGAUUACUUGCUCUGCCUUAACUAGUAUAUGUCCUCUUUGGGCAGAAUUAGAAUUGCAUUGCUUUGCCUAAACUUUCUGAAAGACCAUGCCUGACAUCUCAAGUGACUGCAAAAGAAAUAUUUUCCUUCUCUCACCUGCCUCCUUAACAGGUAUUUGCUAUGGAGCUGCUUGUUGAAUGCAGACAGCAUGUUCCUGUGCCUGAUGGUGCUCUCAUCCACAAAUUUCUCAGCCAAGCCACCUCACUGAACUGUGAAAGACACCUGUGUUGAAGUCUACAACUCAGGUCAACAGCAAGACCCUGGGUUGUUUUUAUCUGGCUGACAUAAUUUUGUACAGUAUUCCUGUCACAUUUCUGCACUUGCAGCAAGCCACCACUGGUGUGCAAAUACUGUAAAAUUCUCAGAAACUUUGUCAGUAUUGUAAGCUGUUUUUAAAUUGGAUCAGGGACACAAAGAGAAUGCUCUGACAUGAAACUCUUCUCUACCCCUUAAGCAGGCUAUGCCUAUGCUUUACCAUUGCAAAACAGCAACCCCAAUGACAGCAGUAUUUUUUCCUUUGAUUUUAUGAAAGUGGUAGCAGGAAAUUUCCAAUUCACAAGCAACUAAGGUGGAGAGAAAUGUCAGUGCAAUAUGAGUAAUUAAUUUUCUCCCUGCAAUGCAGAAACACUCCGUAUUAUUACUUUAACAUGAUGACAAGCUUACUUUUGUUAAAAACUGAUGCCCUUUAUCUGAAAAAAGAAAAAAAAAGAAAACCAAUCUUCAAUCACAACAAUCAACUAUAUAGAUGUAUUUAUUUUUAGCUAUGUCUUUGUCUUACAUCCCCACUGAAAUUUAAUUAAAAGGAAAACUAUUGAACCAAAGCACAAGUCAGUAGAAUAAAUCAAUAUGAUAAAUUAAUUUUUAUAAAUGAUUUUGUGCUUCUUCAUGUGAUGUCUUAUUCAGACUCUAGAUCAAAACUGAAACUGUGAUUCUAAAGCCUAGAGAGAGUUUAGAAAUUACUAACAAUGAAAGUACCUCAUAGUGUAUUGCUGAGCCAUCCUGUCUCCUCAGAUACUUCAUCUUUGAUGCCUUGUGCAGAGCAGAAGAUGAAGCAGCAUGUUUCUCAUCACAUACAACUGCUCAAACACACAUCAGUCCAUAAUGUUAGGUUCCUCAUACACUUGGAUGAAUUCAAAGCAUAACAUUGCAACAAGGGAACUGCUAAAGCACUCGUCUCAGGGAAGCACAGUCUUUUACAGUAUGUUGCAACUCUCUUUGGCAAAAAUUCAAGUUACAAUCUGGCAAUAUCUGAAGCUCUGCUAGAACAAUUACAGUGAAUCCCACGUUCCUGCUAUUAGAAAGCAAAUCCUGCCUUCAGUUCCAAUUUCAAAGCUCCCCAGCUAUUCACACUGCCUUAUUUUUCUAGUUAAAGAUGGCAAGAAUAAGAAACAGAGAAGAGGUUGUUCAUUCUUUUUUUUUCUGCUUGCCUCUUGCUUAGUUUCCAAAAGGGAUUUGCACAGUACAUGGUCUUUACACGUUCUCCUGUCCUCUCUAAAUCUAUUAACACAAUUUUGCUGGGUUUUCCCCGCCUGUUUCUUCCUUUGCAAAUCAACUUUUUGUGCACAACAUCCCUUUCUGAGGACUUGUUUUUGUGCGCCACCCAUCUUUUCACCUUUCUUUAUGUAUGUAUUUCCUCUCUGGUCUCAUGGCCUCUGAAUUCUCACCCACGUUAUAUUUCCUAAUUUACCAAUACAGAAAUAACUCCUUGACUCAUAAGUAAUGACAUGCUUGAGUCCUUGAAAAUCCUAACACUUUAUAUUUCCUUUUCAAAUCCUCUCCUCAGUUAUUUAUCUCUGGGCCUCUUACAGGCAUCUCAGGCUGGGAGAUUUUGACAUAAAGCCCUUUAGUAAGGAGCCCAUCUGGUAACUAGCCUGAUGCUGGUUUUCAUUUAUCUAAGAACCAGUCCUUAGCAUUUCCCACGUGAUGAUUUUGUUAAGGGGUUAUGCCCUUCAAGGAAGCUUGGUUUCUUUGAGAAAUGCUUCCCUUUUUUUUUUUCUUUUUUUUUUUUUAAUUGCCAUUGUAAUGAUUUCUGCUGCAUGUACUCAUUUCACAUCUUACUUUCCUCACUUCAUCACAUAUUCUGAGGAAGGUUCAGAGGGGGUUUCAUCUAGAAUUCAUCAAUGCUUCUCACCAAGCUACCACAAUGAGAGGAUACAUUUCCUCUGGCCAAACUGUUGCGUAUUAAGAAUACACUAAAAAAGAAAAAAAAAAAUUAUCGUGCGUUCCUCUUGGGUCUCAGGCCUUCUUGGGUCUCAGGCUGUAUCUGACAAGGAUGUAAAUUAGAAGGUAUUCUGGAGUGAAAAACAUUUGCAUCAAUUCCUUUUAAUGAAGAAAUGCUGAUUAUGAUGAUGUAGCUUAUCUGUAUGCUUUAAAUUAGUGGAAUCACUGAGAUUUAUCUCUUUCUAUUGAUAUCUUGCAAAUUAAAUAAACACAAUUGUGCAGUCUUU